UGCGACUAGUGUAGUCUGGAUCAAAAUGGCGUCCUAGUGCUAGGAUGUAAUGUGGUUAUUACAUGUCAACAUGUCACUCCUUAGAAUUUGUGCCUUCGUUAAAUGUCUUAAUCGACGCAGUUUUCUGGAAAAAUGUACGUCUCGUGCCACUCUUACGGAAUGCUGUCAGCUGUGUCUGUCGACGAGAAAUUGCGCAGUUAGACGACUAGCAGAUACGCAUUUGCAUCAUCAACGAAGAAACGUGUCAUUUUCCGUCCGAAAGACGGAAGAUGCAAAGAAACGUGUAGUGGAACAGUGUCAGCUGUUAGAUGUGCUAGAGGCCAGAAUCCAGCAACUUCAACCUGAUGGCCUUCUUGAUGUCCAAAAAGCAAGAGUAGAAUUUCUUCAUGCCCCCUCAUCCGGGAGACACAUCUCCUCUGCCAGAACUCAUAUGAACACACCUCAGGUUUCAAAAUCGCCGCAGAAUGCAGUGAGAGAAUCAUUUAAAUCUCAGCCCACUCGCUGGAUGGAGAAAUUAACUCGAGAGAAGAAAAGCAAGAUGAAAAGACGGCAGCACCUUCGUGAGAAACUGAAGAAGAACAAGGGGAAAAUGGCAGGAAAGCAUCCCGGUGGUGAAGGCACCUCCAAUCUUCCUGGCACUAGUUACAAAACAAUAUCGAAUAAAAAGACUGCUCCCUUGGAUGAGAAUAGCCAUUUCAUGAAUUCCAACGCUCAGGCUGCUGUAUCACAAACUGCCCCGAAAAGCAAACAAAAGGGCCCUAAGAAUAAACCUCCCAUUACAAAGGAAGAGAUGACCGAUGAGGAACUCGCACGGUUGGAGGAACUGGAGAGCAGGCUCAGCCAGCAAGCCAGCCCAGGGUUCUGCUCAAGUCAACCGGAGCAUUCUCUGCAGGCCAGAGAAGGAGCUGUGGGAAACAUCCGCUCUUCCAUCUUCUCUUGGCUGGAGGCGUGCGUGUUUGCGGGGGAAAUUGAGCGAGCGCACAAUUUCCUGCUCAGCCAGCACAGAGUUCGGAGUCGACGGGCAGUUCUCGACACAGAUGUCUAUAACAUCCUGUUGCGAGUCUCUGCCAAAAAGGGCACCUUGAAUCAGAUUGGCCGCUUGUUUAUUCUUUUGGAGGAAGCAGGUCUGCGGCCAAAUAUCGGCUCAUAUUGCGCUGCUCUGGAAUGUAUGGGCCGGAGUGCUUACUGCGCUCCCCGAGUUAUUACUUGGUGCCUGAACCAGAUGGAGCAGGAUGGCCUCUCUGUGGACGAUGUCUUCAGGCAAUGUGGGUUCCAGCAUGAUGAAAGAGACAUGGUACUAAAGGCCGUACGCGUUAUCCGCCCCGACUACCAGCCCACCUCAAACUUCACCACAAGCCAAAGCCUGCCUGUGUUGGUUCAGGACUUUUACGCAAAGAGGGAUAACCACCAGUACCCAAAGCUGGAUUUCACUCGAGACGAGCUCCAGGAACGUUUCAAAUUCCAGCUCAGCAUUGAGAAGGCCUGCACGGUCACCAUUGACUCUGUGGAGGCAGCCAAGCCUGUCACAGAAAACAUGGCUAAAAUGAGGGCAUUGCUGCUGGAGCAGCGGGCUCAGUGGCACAAGGCCCUCCUCCAGGCUUUACGGGAGUGCAAGAUGAUCCUGGGGAAGACCAGCAGCAAGGACUUCAAACUCAACCUUUAUCCCUACCUCUGUCUGCUAGAGGACAAAGUCUAUGUGGAUAUCAUGAUACAGAGUGUUUCCAGCAUCCCGCCCAGCGGAGAGUCCCUGAUUACUGUAGCCAAAGAUAUUGGCAUGCGCAUCUACACCAUGUACUCGGUCUACCAGAAGUACAGAUAUCAGAUGGUGGAUAAGCUGAGCAGCAUUUACAAGGCAUACACGGACCUCCUAUCCAAAGACACCGAGGCGCGCAACGUCCUUCCCAGGGAGGAGUGGUGCAAGCUGGAAACGGAACACCCGUCAGGGCCCACGCUCCAGGGCUGCGAAUCCUCCUGGCCGUACGUGGUCACUCUGGAGCUGGGAACGUACCUGGUGGAUUUGAUGGUCAAGAACCUGAAAAUCAAUAGCGACAUCCUGAACUCCGCCUACGAGAGGAAGUCCAUCCCCAUCCUUUACCACAUGUACACUUUUCGCAGCAACCGACAGGUGGGCUUCAUCAAGCCCCACCCGAUCCUGACUCAGAUGCAGCAGGAGGCCGUGGAGACCAAACUGACCUUCGACUCCUCCGUGAUGCCUAUGCGCUGCCCUCCUGUACCCUGGACCUCGGCCAAGUUUGGCGCGUACCUGCUGACCCCGGCCAAGCUGAUGCGUACCCUGGAUGGGGCGACACAGCACGACGAGUUGUUGGAGAGAUGCCAGAACCUUCACCCGGUCCUUGACUCCCUUAACCAGCUGGGUAACUGCGCCUGGAGGAUCAACAAACCUCUCUUGGACAUCAUUAUUUCCAUCUUUAAUGAUCGGGGUAGUGAAAAGCUAGACAUCCCUCCUCCCUUGUCGGAGGCCCCGAAAAUUCCCCUUUUCAACUCGCAGGACUCGUCUUACACUGCCAGCGAGAAGGCCCACUUGAAGCGGGAGGUUUUCAACGCCAGAAAGAAAUGCAGCGAGAUGCACAGCUUGCGCAUGGACGCUCUUUAUAAACUCUCCAUCGCCAACCACGUCAGGGAUGAGGUCUUCUGGUUCCCGCAUAAUAUGGAUUUCCGGGGACGCACGUAUCCCUGUCCUCCGUACUUCAAUCACCUGGGAAGCGACGUGACCCGCUCCAUCUUGUUGUUCGCGGAGGGGAAGCCGCUUGGGCCGAAGGGGCUGGACUGGCUCAAGAUCCACUUAGUCAAUCUGACAGGCUUGAAGAAGAGGAGCUCAGUGCAAGGAAGGCUGGAAUAUGCCAACUCUAUCAUGGAGGACAUUCUGGACUCUGCUGACCGCCCCUUGAAUGGUAAGAAAUGGUGGAUGAAUGCAGAUGAGCCGUGGCAAGCUCUCGCCUGCUGCAUGGAGAUCGCCAGCGCCGUGCGAUCUCCCGACCCAACCCGGUUCAUCUCUCAUUUUCCUGUUCACCAGGACGGCUCUUGCAACGGGCUCCAGCACUACGCUGCGCUCGGCCGAGACGUUAUUGGCGCCACGUCAGUCAACCUCAUGCCCUGUGAUGUGCCGCAGGACGUGUACAGUGGAGUGGCGCAGCAGGUUGAGGAGUUCCGAGCCCGCGAUGCUCAGAACGGCCUGAAGAUCGCCCAGAUCCUGGAGGGCUUCAUCAACCGGAAAGUGGUCAAGCAAACCGUGAUGACGGUGGUGUACGGGGUCACACGCUACGGGGGAAGGCUCCAGAUCGAAAAGCGCCUGAAGGAGAUUGAUGAGUUCCCAAAGGAAUAUGUUUGGGAAGCGUCUCACUACCUGGUGCGACAAGUGUUCAGUGGCCUAAAGGAGAUGUUUACAGGAACGAGAGAGAUCCAGGACUGGUUGACGGAUAGCGCCAGGCUCAUAUCCAAAGCGGGACACACGGUGCAGUGGGUGACCCCCCUGGGUUUGCCCAUCAUCCAGCCCUACCACCGCACACGUAGCAAAAUGCUCAAGAGCAUCCUCCAACACAUCAACCUCCAGAUCAGCCAUGACACCCAACAGAUGCCAGACACGGUGAAGCAGAAGAACGCGUUCCCGCCAAACUUCAUCCACUCGCUGGACUCCACACACAUGAUGUUGACUGCGCUUCACUGCCACAGCUUCGGGUUGACGUUCGUCUCAGUUCACGACUGUUUCUGGACACACGCCCUCACAGUGGACACCAUGAACAAGGUCUGCCGGGAGCAGUUUGUUGCGCUGCACAGUCAGCCCAUCCUCCAAGAACUGUCCGACUUCCUGCUCCACAAGUACUGCUCCAGGCUUACGUCUGACAGGAAAAACAAAAAGUAUCUGGAAGACCGCAGGCUCAUGCUGCUACUGGCCAAAGUACCGCAGACAGGGGACUUCGAUCUGAGCCAGGUGAAAGAAUCCACGUACUUCUUCAGCUGAGCGCCACUGCUGAGUCUCCACUCGCAUUGAUCCGGACCGCCCCCACCGCCUCUCGGUCCACAUUCGUUUUGGCGUCCUGGUGAUGAGCUUGAUUGUACGGGCUCUCGUGCGCCAGGAGGGGGCGGGACGCAGAGAAAGACUUCAAUCUCGGAAAAGCAGCGCUUUCGUAACAAAACGCUUCUUGCAUCAGAAGUACAGUUGCACUCGUGCUUCUCGAGUGCCAGUGAUUGGCUGUGUGUAUGUGCGUGCCUGGUGGGCGGGCAGGUGUGUGAGGACCCCUGCUAACUGUGACCUGCCAUCAUCAUUAUCACCCCCCCCCCACCACCAACACCUUCCCUUCACAUUCCAUCAAUCAAGGAGUGCAAGCACAUUUGAUGCGACACACUCGGCUCUUCUAAAAUCAAACAAAACAUCCCCAAAACACAAUGCAGAACAUUUUUACCGCUCUGAGAAGAAAAAGUAAUUUAUGCUAUCAAACUGAAUAAAGUUAAAUUGUCUCAUUUUUAGGGUGGAAAGAAAACUGUAUAUUUUCAAG